GUAGCUGCCGGAUUAAGCACCUAUACUAUAUCGCACAACUCAUAACAAGCUGGAAAGCAUCGUGUCGGCCCGCUAAAACCCCUGCAUUCAGAUUUCCCCCUCCUUCGCCACGCUGAUGCAGCUCAGAUAUCAGCUUGUAUUGUCGGGGGUUUGGGCUCAAAGUCGCGUGGCUGCGUUUGAUCCAACACGCGUACAGCGCCAGGCGCUUCCGCAGUGCUUUCCGCCUUCCGCAAGGGAAUGCUGCAGGACAGACAUCCAGGAUCGCAAGCUCCCCCGGGACUGCUGGCAGAAGACGGGCACCCAGACGCCCAACCUCGGAAACACAACAAGGCAUGCCAUGGAUGCCAAACAAACAACAGGAAGCGCCGCUGUGAUAGGGAUUGGACCAAGAAGGACGCGAGAUGUUCACAAUGUGUCAAACUCAGGAUUCCUUGUGAGAAGGGGAACAAGUCCUAUAAUGCUGCUGUGGACGUUGCUGGAACUCCGUCCAACAUUAUCAACGACGCAUCCCAUGAAACACCCCCAGUUGACGCUGGCAACACAAGUGGUCGUCAUGAUCAAGGACGAGGCUCUGAACCAUCCCCCGUCUGUGCUCUGCCAUUAAAUACCGACAUAUCCCUUGGCAUUUGGUUUGCGGAAUACCACUUCCCAGGCAUCUUCGACGAACAACGAUUCAUGCAACGCUUAAUGCUCUCAAGGGACGUGAACCCCGACGAGUACUUUAGUUUGAUGUUGCAUCGGGUCUUCCUUCUUAGCGCUAGCAAAAGAGCAGCAGAGUCUAGGAAGCUCCUGAGCGAAGCUUUGCGGGCCUUUUCCGAAGAAUUCGAGGAGCCUAGUAUAGCCACCAUCAUGGCUGCCACUCUCCUUUCAUCGUUGCUAUCCAAGGCGAAACCACAACUGGCCGGGGACUUGCUAAGUAAGUUGCUUCGGGAGUGUACUUAUGAUUUCUGACAAUUGCUGAAUGUCAAUUACGCUAGACAACGUCUUUGCUUGGCUUGACUCGUACACGCAGCGUAACCUCCUCCAGAAUGUAU